AUGGGUACACAAAAGGAGAAGUAUGACAUACUUCAAAAACAAAUAGAUGAUCUCAACAAACAAGUCAAUAAUAAUGAUGAGACCAUCAAAAAGGAAACCGAGUCAUCGGACGAAGUGAAGCAGGAAACUGCAAUAAAAGUUUUUCAAACUCCUCAACCGGAGUUAUUGAUACCAAAAGAAAACAAUAUGAAGACUAUAU